AUGCCAUCCAAGAAGAAGAAGCAGCCAAAAACGCCUUCUUCCUCCUCUUCAGAAGAUGAAGAUCAUCUCCAACACAACAACAACAACACUUCACCGCUUCCCUAUGUUUCUUCUUGGUUACCUCCUUCAUUGUUGCAUUCUCCGUCAUCACCAACGACAAAUUCAUCAUCACCGACUACGAUUUACGCGCCAACAACGUCUCAAGGUGUUGUAGGAAAAUCAAACUCUAAGAAUAAGAAGAAGAAUAAUCGGAAUGAUGAUGCUGAUGAGAAUCAUGAUGGAAGAAAUAUUAAUAUUAAUAAUUUGAAUAAUUUGAAUAGUAAUAAUAACGUUGAUAAUAAUGAUGAGAAAACACUCUCUGAUAUGGACGAUGAGUGGAAUCACAUCAUUGAACAAUAUCACUCCCUCAUCAGGAAUAAGCAAAAUAAUGAACAUGAGGCUAAUCAUGAUUUAUUCAAUAUUAUUGAAGGAAAUUCGGCCACACCAAAUUAUGGAAGUUAUGAUGAUCAAUAUAAUUUACCUUCAUAUGCUGAUAGGAGAAAAUCAAUGCUCGUCUUUCCAACAUCAACCAUCCUCUCUUCAUCACCAAAUAACAACAAUAAUAAUAAUAAUAAGGAGAAUGAUAAGAAGAAGAAGAGAAAGUUUGCAUCACUGAGGAGGAAGAAUAGAAAUCAACAAAAUUUACCAAGUGAUGAAGAAACAGAACAACAACUCCAUCAUCAUCACUAUAAUGAAACAGUGCAGCCAACAGAUCCUGACUUUCCAACAUUGUCCUUCUGUGAUUUAAUGUUAAUUGGAGCUGCCACUCAACAACAUCCGCAUGGAUUAUUGACAAGUGCCACAACAGCAACAACAACAACAACUUCUGGAAGUGUUAGCACGACUCAAUCUCCUUCAUUGCCGAUGGGAAUGAGAAAUAACAUUGGAAGUAAUUUGCUGGGUUAUUACGAUCAUCAUCAUCAUGCAUUAUCUUCUUCUCCAAUGCUUGGUGGUUCUCCUUCUCUCUCUUCACCAAAUGUGAUUGGAAAAGGUAAUGGAGAUUUUGGUGGUGGAUUUUCACAAGUUGACAAGUCGUUGAAUCUAAUGCUAUUUCCAAAUACAGCAUCCACAACUCCACUAUCACCUUCAUUUCCAACAAGUACUGCGCUCAGCACUAAACCACUUUCAUUGGAUUUAUCAAAAUUAAAAGCAAAAUCAGCAGCUAGUCAGGCAGCUAGUUGUCAAACACCUGAAGUUUCGGAUAAGAAGAAGAUUUUUAAACGAAGAGAAAGGUCUGCAUCAUCAUUUUCAUUAGGAGGCAGUAAACAACAUCCAGAUAGUCCAAGUCAGAGACAUCACCGAUUGAAUAAUUCAGAUUCAAAUUCAAAUUCAAGAUUACAACAAGGAAUGUCAUUCACAAAGUGGUCGGAACUCAUUCAAAACAAUGGUGCAUUUGCGAGAAUUAAUAACAUUUCGCCCUCUUCACCUGCUCUGGGACAGAAUGAUGAAGAUUCACAGAGUAAUGGAAAUGCAAAUGAUAUUCUUUCACAUGAUAGUACGGAAAUUUUCGAUCAGUUGGAGGAUAUUCUUUCCUAUCAGCUGCCAAUCAGCCCUAGGUAUAGAACCUAUUCUAAAUCAUCGAAUACAAGGAGGGAUACCUCCGAGACACUCAAUGAUGAAGAGCAACAACAACAGCAGCAGUCACAACAACAUGAUGAAACACGAACGAGUGAGGAUAUUAUUGGAGAUGAGGAAGAGGAUGAAAUGGACGAUCUCAUAGAUGGAGCCAUUAGUAAUUUCAAUCGAGCCACUGACAGUAGCACUGAACAAGGAGAUAAAUCCUCUUCAAAUAAUCCUGUGGAUUUACAAUUUGCAUUGAUUGGAAGUCGUGGAAAGAUGGCCGAUUGGGUCAAAGAAAAGGAGAAGGAAAAGGAGACUCUUCCACAAAAUUUGCCAUCUCUUAGGGAGGGAAGAUCUCCACAAGAGACUAGAAAGGGAGACCCCUCACGACAACACAUUUCAAAAACUAGAUUUUCAUUCACUUCACGCUCUGCAGUUAAUUUGAAUUCUGUUAACAAUAAUCAAAAAUCACUUAUUGAAGAUAUCGAUUCUGAAAAAUCGACAUCAUUUACUGAGGGAAAUUCUCCUCAAUUUAGACCAAAGGGAAGAAAGAGAAGUUUAAGCCAUAUGAUGGUUAAUGCAAGUGUUUGCUUGCAUUUUGCAAUUGACAAUUUUAAGGGAAUUGAUGAAUUUAUCAAGGAAGAACAAGAGAAGGUCAAUCUUAGAAAUGAAAAUAAUUCAACCACUGAUGAUCAAUCAUUCUGUGUCCAGUUACAUGUCUUGCACAGAGUCAAGAAAUCUAACAAUACCUAUGCAUGGAUUUCACUCAUUCACACUCAAAAUGUAAACCUCCUCGAUUUGGAAUCAUUCAACUCAUCAGACAAGAGUAAAAUCACAUCUGAUGUUGUCCAUUUCGAAACUAGUGCUACCUUACCAUUCAAUUUUGAAAAGAUUACACCACUCCUCUUUGCACUCAUCAGUACACGAACAAAUCAAGUGCUAGGUUCCUAUGAGGGUUGUUUGGCAGAGAUUUGUGGAAGUCAGCAGCUAAUGAUACGAAGAAAACUCAUCAAGCAAAAGAAACACUUUUGUGAUUUGGUAGUCAAGGCAUCCAUACCACCAGGAAAUGAGAAACGACUCUCAGUUUUGGAAAAUCUUGGAAAUACCGUAAGGGAGCAACUCUCGCUGGCUCCACCUCUCGAUUUAUUCAAUGAUAUUCCCACAACAGAGUCUCCUCUCAUUUCAGAUUCGAGCUCUUCAGUAACUCCUGAUAUGAAUAAUGAUGGUUCACUCCUGAGAAAGAAAUUAAGAGUCGAAAGAAAGAGAAAGAAAUCAACAAAAAUUGAGGAAAUUUAUUUGGAUUUUGAUGAAAUACAAGCCAAAUUGGAAAAGAAGUACAAGGAUUCUUUCCUUGUAGUGAGUCAACAAUUCUACACUGAUAAGAAUCAAUUGGGAUCUUUCAUUCCGCUCUACACUAGUGAAACUAAUACCAAACUCACAAAAACACCCUCCUUUGAACCAUUUUCUAUCAAACCUACUUUAGAAUUCACCAAUAUCACCUUCAGAUUCGAACUGUUUUAUUGGGUAUCAAUCGACAAGCAACAAUAUGACGAUUUGGAUGUAAUGUCACCACGACAAUACAAACAAUCACCAAUUGACGCAAAAAAAUCAUCAAACACCAGAACAACCACCAUAGGUCACUACAGAAGAUUAAUUGGAGCAACAGAAGUUACCUAUACUGAUUUUAUCAAAUUCUUUGAUUUACCCUCUGUUCCAACACCUGAAUCGACAAGUUCUUCCUCCACUAGUAAACCUCUCAAAGGGGAUAAUGAUCUAUUGUUGGGACCAUUCUUCCACAUUUCUAGCUCUGGACUCACCGAAGCUACCAAUAGCACAACCACACCAAGGAAAACAAGAAAAUCCCUGAAAAAUGUUACAUUUGAAUCAGAGGAAAAGUCCAACAAUUCGAAUAGUGGACCCCCAACGAAUAGAGUUUCUCCUCUUACAAUGAAAUUACUAGUCGAUCGUAGAAUUCACAUUAUCAAAGAGGAAACACUUGCUCCACAAGGAAUGGAUCCAGUAGAAGAUGAAAAUAAUCCAUCAGUUGUUCACAGAAGAAGAAAGGUUCUCACUGUAGUAAAUGUUCAGAGUGGAUCUCUCACAUUCAAGAGUGUCAAGGAGAGAAAGGUCUUUAUUGAAGAACAAUCGGAUUUGGAUGUGACCUAUACAUUCCUUGAUUAUAUGAAAACUGGAUUGAGAUUUAAAUGUUACUUUGCUCUCGAUUUUACCAAAGAUAAUACUGAGCCGAGAAAUGAAGGAAAUUUACACAUUGCUCCAAAAGGACAAAAAUCCAUCUAUGAACAAUGUAUUGACAGCAUCAGUAAGAGAAUAUUCCAAUAUGAUCCAAAUAUGACCGAUUUCCACUUGGUUGGAUUUGGAAAUGAUACACAGGAACCAGUUUUCAAUUUGUACAGUAAGGGAGACGACCUUCUCGAGGAGGAAACUUCAUCUUCUUCCAUGUAUUUUAGAGAUGACAAUGCCUCUGCAAGCUCUGAGGAUAAGUCACAAAAUUACAUUUACUCUGUAUUAUAUCCAAGAUAUUAUCCUCCUUUGAAAAUUCAUCAACUUUCACCAAUUUAUCGACAAUAUAUUUCGAGCACGGGUGGAAAUUUCAAGCUCACCAUGCAAGAUUGUGUCAAAACUCGUCAUUAUGCCUUCACAGAGACAAACGUUCACAAGGGCACCAGAGAUUUGACAAAUGCCAAUAGAUUUAGCUAUGAUGAUGGUUUGAAACAUGAGAAAUUGAAACGAAUGUCCUCUCCAGAAUUUAUUCACCUCAAUUAUAUUGAUUCUCCAAAGGUAACAACCUCUUCACUUACCCACCAAGGCAACAGUUUCUCAAGCAAAUCACCAAUAGUUGGCUCUUCCUCUAUGGAAAGUGAAAAGAAAUCAGCAAGCAAAUCGAGUCUUUUCAAAAAUAACAUUUUCGAAUCACAAAAAGUAACCUCCAAAUAUGCUCCAAAUGAUUAUUAUCCAGUAAUUUCUGAUGUUAUUGAUUUGAGUUGUAAUUUGAAGAAUGAGGAAAGUAUUGCCCAAACUCUUCUCUAUCUCUACAGAGAACAGCAAAUGUCAAAGAUGGGUCAUAGAAAUUCAACCUCUUCCACACUCUCCUCUGAUAGUUCUACCAUGAUGAAUAUUACACCAGUUCUGUACAAUAUUUUGGUAAUCUUGAUACCGAAUGACUUUAUUCAUGUUGAGGAGACAAUUUACAAAUUUGUGGAGGCUUCACAUAAGGCUGCUCUCUCAAUUAUUGUCAUUGGAGUUGGAAGUGGAUGUGGAUUCAAAACUCACAGAUCUAUCAAUACGAACACUGAUUAUGUUAGUAAUAAUUCUACCUCUGGAUCUGGAGGAAGAACUCUCCAAUACAGAAUUCAAACCAUCAUUCCAACAACAACUGAUUUACAAUAUAGAGGAUUGAGAGCUGCUCGUGGUUGUGUAACAUUUGUAAGAUUGAACGAUCAUGAAACUGUAAAUGAGGCAGUGGAAGCAGCUUUGCAACACAUUCCAAAACAAGUUUGUCGCUACAUGAAGAUGAAAGGUAGAGAAAUAUUAUCAUCCGGAAAUAAUCAAUAAGCACUUUCAUUGUGUGGCUGGAAUUCAGGACCAAUAGCUUGAUGUAUAUUCCUUUAAAUUAUUCCUGUACCAUUCCAUAGUAACUACACUUACGUCCUACUGGACACAAGAAUAACAGAGCCAAACUUGUAGUCCAUAUUGUUGAAUAACCACUCAUUUUGUGAGGAACAGUGGGGUUGAUAUCCGUUCGCAUUGAAUGGAAAAGUUGAUAGACUCUAUUGUUGUGAAAUUUCUCAGCUAAUUCAAAAAAGGGCUUCCCAGUGAAAUAAUAAACUGAUAAUUGUUUGAAAAA